UUUACAUCUUAUUCCAGAUGGCAGUGAUGCUGAGCGCUCUGAUCCUGCUGCUGAACCUCGGAGGAGCUGUGGCAGCUCUCAAGAUCUGCUCCUUCAACAUAAAGUCAUUCGGAGAGAGCAAAAUCUCCAAACCAGAUGUGCUGGACAUUAUAGUGGAGAGCAUCAGUCGCUGUGACCUCAUGCUUGUCCUGGAGAUCAAAGAUGCAAAAGGAAAAGCGUUUAAUCAACUCAUGACUCACCUGAACAGCAGGUCCAGGACACGAGCAAAUGAAUUUAGCUCGGUCAUUAGUGAAAGACUCGGGAGAAAGUCAUACAAAGAGCAAUAUGCCUUCAUUUACAGGCAGAAGAUGUUGUCUGUGAAAUCCGUCUAUCAGUAUCCAGACGCUCAAACCGGAGAUGAAGACGCUUUUGCUCGAGAACCGUUCGUCGUGUGGUUUUCAUCUCCAAAAACGGAAGUCACGGACUUCGUCAUCAUUCCCAUUCACACGGCUCCUGAAGCGGCUGUGAGAGAAAUCGAUGAACUCUUCGACGUUUAUCAGAAUGUUUCUCAGCUGUGGCCUUCAGACAACUUCAUCAUCAUGGGGGAUUUCAACGCUGCCUGCGGUUACGUUCCAAAGAGACAGUGGGUGAACAUCCGUCUGCGCUCUGAAACUGAGUUUGUGUGGCUGACGGGCGACCAGCUGGACACGUCGGUGAAGACAUCUACCAAAUGUGCUUAUGACAGGGUCGUCCUCCGUGGAGAGAAGAUGACUGAGGCUGUGAAUCCUGAAUCAGUGGAGGUGUUCAACUUUAAAGAGGAAUUUGGCCUCACUGAACAGGAGGCUCUGGCAGUGAGUGAUCAUUUCCCGCUCUGCAUCACAGUAAAUCAAGCACAGAGGAAAUGAUAAUAAUCUUCUCCAUUUACACUUUUACUGCUCGCCUGCUUCAUUAGUCCUACAGCUGAGAAUGAGUAACAGCUUAUAGGAAAAUGAACGAGUUCUAACAUAAUCUUUGAUGCAGAAAUCAAGUGUUCAGUGCUUUACUUGUUAAUUAUGAGCCAGCGGUCUGUAGUGUUGAUUUACCAGUUUCUGUGAGACAGUAAGAGUUAGUUUGCAAGACAUUGCCUGUGUAAUCCAUCUACAUUUCUCCAUUAAUUAACUCUGUACAUCACAACACAUGUAUAAGUGCUUCAUAUUGACAUUUGCAUCUAUGCUUUUCUGUUUUCAUUUUAAUAAACGAUUUACUCAAGUAAA